UGUCCUUUUUUAAAUCAAUAGAAGCUAAUUAAAGGCUGGAGGAAGCGCUUUGAUAAUGCGGCCCCUCGAGUCUCACAGAGCAGCGCACUCCUUGGCGUGUCUCAUUGCUGAUGACUCUUCUGCUGCUGUGGAGGCGGCUCUGUUGCCUGGUUUAGUUCGCAGCGCAGUCUGAGGAAGAUUCUAAAUCUGUGCCGCUGGACAGCAGGGAGGAAUACUGUCCUGUAUAAAGAAUAGGAGACAAUAAUACAGUUUAAGAGAAACUAAAUAAAAGCAUGGGGUAGAAAUAGCAGAGGUUACUGCCUGGAAGUUUACUCGUAAAGAAUGACCUUUCUGCGACCCUGUGCUGUAUUUACCAAAAACAAGUUCACACACACUGAACCUCCAAGACGAGCGAAGAGAAAGCUAUGAAACUGCGCCCGUGCCUACGCCAUUUUGGAUCUGUUUGUGACAACGGCGCUCAAACUUGAAUUAACCUAAUAUACUUCUAAAACACAUUAUCAGGGGUAUAGCGUUAGUGUUUGAACAUCUUGAUCUGAAGAACAGGACGGGAAAUAGCAAAAUCAGUGCACAAAACACGGAUUAUAUAUCAACGUAAAACUCCCUGCUGCCUUCAGUCACAGCGUCCUGAUUGAUAAAGGACUAUACCAACUCCCGCAUGAGGGAGGGGUUUACCUGAAUUCAAAUUGUAUUCACUGGAAAAACUAGAGCUACAAACAGCUCGUUUACGAUGUUACAAUUGAAAGUAUUGUUCAAUUUUAAUUAAAAGAUCCCCGGUAUCACAAUUCCCUUUGCGGUCCAUAUUAGAUGAAUUGCCAAACCGCACUGAACAGUUUGUAUUUUGUGAUUGGUAUAUUCCUCGUUCUGUUGAAGACAGACGCGUUCAGACACUGAGGGAGAGCAGAGAGGAGAUCUGAAGAGAAGAAAGGACACAUUCACUGAGGAGACGGUCAGAGCGAGUGACUGGAGCACUAGAGCCGUGCUGCACAUCCCACUGACAAUACCUGAAGACUGCCUUAUCCUGGUGAAAACCAAGGAACAAAGAUGGAGUUGGUACCUAUCUGCAUUAAACAGGAGAUGCCUGAACUGGAUCCUGUCCACAUUAAAGAAGAGACUGAACUGGGGCCUUUCCACAUUAAAGAAGAGACUGAACUGGAGCCUGUCCACAUUAAAGAAGAGACUGAACUGGAGCCUGUCCACAUGAAAGAAGAGGAGACUGAACUGGAACCUGUCCAUAUUAAAGAGACUGAACUGGAGCCUGUCCACAUUAAAGAGGAAGAAACUGAACUGGAGCCUGUCCACAUUAAAGAGGAAGAGACUGAACUGGAGCCUGUCCACAUUGAAGGGGAAUCUGUUGACUUGUUGUUUAAGGAUACAGAAAAUCUAUCCCAGCCAAAGAUAACACAUCAGUGUAAUGAAUGUGGGCAGAGCUUCAUGGAGUCAGGAAGCCUAAAAAGACACCAUCGAUUUCACACCAGAGAGAAGCCGUAUCAAUGUUUUGAAUGUGGGAAAAGCUUCACUGACAAAGGAAAACUAAAAAAACACCAGCGAAUUCACACUGGAGAGAAGCCGUAUCACUGUAGUGAAUGUGGGAAAAGUUUCAAUGCAUCAGGAAGCCUAAAAAGACACCUUCGAUUUCACACUGGAGAGAAGCCGUAUCAAUGUUUUGAAUGUGGGAAAAGCUUCACUGACAAAGGAAAACUAAAAAAACACCAGCGAAUUCACACUGGAGAGAAGCCGUAUCACUGUAGUGAAUGUGGGGAGCGCUUUAGUCAGUCAGGAAACCUAAAAACACACCAGCGACUUCACACUAGAGAGAAGCCGUAUCAAUGUACUGAAUGUGGGGAAAGCUUCACUAACAAAGGAAAACUAAAAAAACACCAGAUAUUUCACACUGGAGAGAAGCCACACCACUGUAGUGAAUGUGGUAAGAGCUUCAAUGUGUCAGGAAAACUAAAAAUACACCAGCGACUUCACACUGGAGAGAAGCCAUAUCAAUGUACUGAAUGUGGGGAGAGCUUCAGUGAGUUAGGAAACCUAAAUAGACACCAACGCAUUCACACUGGAGAGAAGCCGUAUCACUGUGUUGAAUGUGGGGAGAGCUUUAGGCAGUCAGGAAACCUAAAAAGACACCAGCGAAUUCACACUGGAGAGAAGCCAUAUCAAUGUAAUGAAUGUGGGGAGAGCUUCUGUGAGUCAGGAAGCCUAAAAAGACACCAGCGAAUUCACACUGGAGAGAAGCCAUAUCAAUGUUAUGAAUGUGGGGAGAGCUUCAAUGUGUCAGGAAGUCUAAGAAGACACCAGCGAAUUCACACUGGAGCCAGCCUCCCUCCCUCUCAGUCCUUGAGCACUCCACCCUGCUUGUUUGAGUGUGUGGAGAGCUGACUGAUUCCUUGUCUCUCUCUCACCCUGUGGUAAAUGAAGGGGGUCCCCAGGAGUGAGAGCCAGCCUGAAUCCAGAGACACUGAGGGGAGCGUGUCAAACUGAAGACCCAUUCUUUCAGAAUGAACUGCAUUGGAAAUUAAUCUCAUUCAUCAUGCUGUGAGGAUUUAUGCCAAGCUUGUUUCUGUGAACACAUUAAACAAAGAUACCAAAAACACAUCAUAUUUUUAAAAUACCAUUACUGUACCAGUGUCGGUGAGAACAGAAGUAAAUUAUUUAAAAGAAACUAAAACUCUCAUCAUGAGUGUGGCAGCAUUGUGCUCUUCAUAUUACUAGAAUGACCUCUAAGCUAUUGCACCAGUGCAAGCACAAGCUGAAGCAACCUUUUUUUUUUUUUGUAUCACGUGGUGCAAACUUUGCACUGGAGCAAAUGCUGUUUUGGGUUUGAAUUAACUUGACUGCUUUGAGUGUUUAAAGGGCACAUAUAGACCUUUUAUUUUAUUGUGUUACAUGUUCCCAUGUGUUUACGUAAGGUGUGUAUUGUUUUCAUUUUUUUAAAAUUGCAUUCACUGCCUCAAAAUGGCUUCCCAUGUACCUACAUGGACCUCUCAGAACUACAUUUACCAUCAUCCUCCUGCUCACAUAUGUAACUGAGAUGAAUUUACCAGUGAGCAGGAGGAUGAUGGGAAAUGUAGUUCUGAGGUCCUUGAGGCAGGGAAUGCAAUUUAAAAGUUUAAAAAAGUGGUCAAAAUAUAAAAAUAAAACAACAAAUUAAACAAUACGCACACCUUCCGUAAGCAGUUGUAGCAACACAUGGGAACAUGCGACCCAAUCAAAUAAUAAGGUCCUUAUGUACCCUUUAAGUACUGCGAACCUCCAAGCUUGUUGUAUACUGGAGCCCUGCUUCAAUGCAGUGGGAUUGAAAUACAAUUCCUAUCAUUUUUAUUGUGUAAAUUGCUGUGUGUGCAAUUAUGACAGACCCACAAUAUUAGAGCUGAAUAAUUUAUCUAAACAAUCUGCAGAAUGAAGUUGCCUCAGACUGUUUGUCAGUAACAGCUGGUGCUUUUGUGGAAUCACCAUUAGCUGUUUAUUCCUUUUGGGCAAAAUAUGUCUUGUUUGCUUGUAUUUUGUACCAGUAUGAUAUCAUUAGAGUGACAAUGCAGUACAUCCUAAGGCAGGCUUAGUUAUUUAGAAAGGAUUGCAUUGAAAUUGAGUUUGAGUUCCUGUGUUUUCCAGUAUCUGUGUGUAUAAAGGGCACAUUAUUAUGUUUCCAUUACCUCUGUAUGUAAAAGGUUUGUCAUUGUUUAAACUGUCAAUGAUUCCUGAGAUACAGAUCUGCAGUGGAACUGAACAAACUCAAGGGAGACAUUGAAAAAUACAAGGGGGGAUGCUGGUGCGGGUUUGAUAAUAUGGGCUUGUGGUGAAUAUUCCCUGAAUAUGAUAUUAAUACAUGAAAGUGUAUUAUAAAUGUAACUGGACAGAUUAAUGAAAUCUGUGUCUUGAAGAAAAAGGGCUCCUUUCCUACAGACACACUGAACUGUGUGACCCCUGAAAUAGGUGAGCAGGGCUGGGUGGCAUCUGGACUGGAUUAGGCUGAAAGGACAGUUGAAUUCUGUACAGAUAAUUCACAGCAGCAACAAGAAGCGGUUUGACGCGAGGAAGACAUAAAGCAUCGAUGUCGACAGUGUCAUGUUUCACUGGUCCUGCUAGCUGCUUUAAUGCAGGCUGAGAGCUUUGACUGACUGAAAUAGACAACAGAUAUAUGACCAAAGGUUUUGCCUCACUCUUUAGAAUGAACUAAUUUUGCUUUAUAAAGUGGAAUGAAACCUGCUGAAUAAUGUUACGUUAACAUAUUGAAUUACAGUGAUUUGUAGUUUUGCAUAUACUGAAUGAAAAAGUGACAAAUUGAAAUAAAUUGACAUUUUGAAAUCUAUGAUGUACUGUACUACUAUUGUGACAUCCAGUAGACUUUUGUGAUAUCCUUGUGUAGUUUCUUUGAUUACACAAUGUUAAAUAAAAGUUAUGAAUUGUACCAAAAAUUCUAGGUGAUGCUAAACUUUUGUCUGAGCUGUACAUAAACAUCAGCACUGCCAUUAAAAUAGAAUGUUUAAAGCUUUAUAUAUUGUGUAUCAAUUGCAUUCUAUAAGACAGUGUGAAGUGUAGACCAUGCUAUUAAAAGAGAACACCUUUACACAUUUCACUGUUCAGAAGCCACUAAUAAACUUUGCAUUGAUUUUACACUGAACUGUUGUGAAGUGCUUUUUCUUUAUUGCUUUACUGCUUGG